AAAUAACGUUAAGUGCAUCAAGUAUAAACGCGCGAGAGAAUUCCCGCAGCAUUGCACCUAUCCAUCGGGCAGGCGUCAAGCAAAGGUCAACCGAGCAUAAAGCGGCGGAAGUGGCGGAGCGACGAAGAGGCGGGCUGGAUCCAUCGACGCGUUAGCCAUGAACCUGGUGUCGCACGGAAUAUUUUUGCAGGUUAUCGUGUGGCUCGUCAAUUUCCAGCAUGGCUUCAGAUUGUGCAGCGGAGGUGAACCCGGGUAUUUGGACUUCGACAAUUUGCCGGAGACGAACUUUUCCUGUUUGGGCAAAGUCAUCGGCGGGUACUACGCCGACGUGGAGACAGGCUGCCAGAUGUUCCACGUCUGUACCAUUGGACAGAAAGAUUUGGUUUCAGACGAGAUAAUGGACAUCAAGUUCUUGUGCCUUAAUGGGACAGUGUUCGACCAGGAGACUCGAGUUUGCGAGCGAGUCGAUGAGGUCGACUGCAGCAAGAGCGAGCGCUUCUACAACCUGAACCUUGAGCUCUAUGGAAAUAAUGCUGUCACUCUGAGCCUACACGAGGUACCCGACGAUGAAGGCGAGGCCACGGAACCCAUUGACGAUAAUCAACACCAGACGACGAUUCAUCCAUCGACCAGCUCAACAACCACAACUACUCAGCGAUCGACCAUUCCUCCAGCCACUACGCCAUCGAGUCUGUAUCACCAGCAGAACACUGUAGGUCCGCCGCACUAUCAAACUCCAAACGUGUACUCAACCUCGCAAACCAGCCAAUCCAAGUCACUAUACGACGACAAGAAUUCCGGUUAUAACCGUCAUCAGUACAUCUCCCACAACGGUGAACAGGCCAAUAAUCAGGCAACGUCCUUCCAACUCUUCAGUAAUCGUGGUAUCAGCUCGAGUACCAACCCUCCUCAGGUGCAUCAGGCGAGGUACGGAACGACAUCGGCACCUCAGAUAAUCCACAACAGUCCAUCCACUGUAGCACCUUUAUUCCACGGGAUUUCUUCGACGAUUCAAACACUGCUUAACAGCAACGCCAAUAACCCGUCGUACAUAAAUCCGAUAUUCCAUAACCAUGGGGCGGUAAGUACCACUGAGCACUUCACGAUCCAUAGCAACAAUCCGAGAGAAACCCAAGAGUAUCACGAUAACGGGGAACAAACGGAGGACCGCAGGCCGCUGGAGGCCAUACAGUCGACAAAUCAGGGAAAGGUUAGCAAGCUCACUAUAUCGCCGGUACCCACGGAGGAUGAUUUGGAUGAAUUAGACGAGGAUUCGACUUCAUCGCCUCAGAUUUCAAAGAUAUCAUUGGGUUUUCAUCCUGCGCCGACUACCACCGAGCAAACGGCAAGGUCCAUCUACCCAACACCGAGAUCUUCCCCUAAGCCAGAUCCUGGCUCAACCCAAAUUACUCGGCAUAUCCACUUGUCGUCAUCUGCAGCGAUUCCGCAACUGAAACCUCAGCAAAUGACGAUCAACUUGCCACCGCCGGACAUUCAACGAAUCGUUCAAAACCCCUCGCCACUUCUUCCUUCGCAGUCACGAGUGAUUGUUACUGCAAAGGCCAGCGUCAGCGACGAGUCUGGACGUCCGUUGAAUACCUCGGAACUGGUUACGCUCCCUCUGACAACUAUACCGGCUAGCUAUGACGACUACAAGGAAGGUGACGAGUCCUUCGACCCGUUCUACAGGGAUGUGCCCAAGAUUAGGCAGUCGCGGAGCGCCCGACUAACAAGCGAUUCGCUGGAGAAAGCGGAGAAGGUGAGGUCGUUGAAUCGGCGUAGGCAGGCGAUUAUUCGGUUGAAGAGGGAGGUUCUGCAAGACCAAAGUGACUACGAAGAAGAUUAUGAAUUGGCUCAUGAUUAUGAGUAUCCCGUAAUUGAUGACUCCGUUGAACACGACGGCAAUCAACCGUUGUUUACUGAUUCUGAGGAGAUCAUGGACAUAGCAACGAUUAAGGCCAACUUUAAAAAGUUCAAAGCACUUUUAUUAGGACGUCGGGCAUCAGUAGAAACUUCAACUGAGAAAAAGACUUCAAAGGAGCGGUCAAGUGACGUAAAGUCCAAGUCACUCAAUGAUGGUAAAAAAGAUUCUGCCUUUCAGGUUUAUAAUAUUGAUGAAGAAUCUGGAACGAUCGAUAACAAGGAUGAGAAUGCACAAAUUGAGCCAGAAGAAUUUAAAGCAAACAAGAAUCUCAAAGAUUCAGAUAACAAUGAUACGGUGGACUACGACUUAAUGCCUGUUGAGAAAACUUCAGACAUAGAAGGAAUAGACCAGACCGAGCCACCUUUCUCAGUCCCGAAAGAAAUUAAAGCAGAGGAGCAGAAUGAUACAGACUCAUUGUUGGGUACACAAGAAAUAGAUGAUCAGCCAGAUGUGGAACUAUCUUGCAAAUCUGCAUUUGGUCAGGGUAACAAAAAAUGUGUUAACGAGGCAGCGGUGAGUAAAAAUGAUUCUGAAAACGAAAAGAAAGUGGGAAUAAUCGAAUCUGCAGUCGGUUCUGGAGAGACGAAGGCUGAGGAAGCAGUAACAUCUGAAAAAACGCUCGUCUCUGAGGUUUCAGUAACAAGACAUAUGACCGGACCUGAGUCUCCCACCACAAUCGAUUCUGACGUCGAGGAAUAUAUUCAUCCACACAUUAAGGAGGAAUCGAAGGUGUCAGACCUUGACGAAUACGUCAAUAAAUCUGAAUCUGUUCCAAUACCUACGGAAUCUAACGUCAAAGAGCCUGUUGAGGUUGUGACGAAUGCCAAAGAUAUGGACUCCAAAGACUAUGAAAGCCUAAAACCUGAAAUGAAAACGGAAGAGCUGGAUGUGCAGAAACAUGUUGAAGAUAUGGAAAAGUUAUCUUCCUCUCACAAUGAUGGAAUUGUGCCGGACGCAAUGCUUCGCGACGGAGAUUUGCAAAAUCCGGAUGUCAAGGAAUAUGUUAACGAUAAAUCUCCGGCCAUCAUUAAUAGUGAUGCGAUCCCAAACGAUGCUCCAGAAUCAAAGCCCACACUUUACUCUAACGAGCCAAACAUUGAGGAGAAGGAAAUAAUGAGUUUUGAGAAAUCUGACUCCAAGCCUGAGCUCAGGACUGAUCAAUCACACGUUGAGGGAACACCACAACAAUUAAUGAAUAUGUCCAACAAUAAACAAGAAUACCUUAAAAAUUACGAUAUGACGUCGGAAGAACCAUCCGAUGUUACGGUAUCCGAAGCUGAAGUAUCAAAGGUCGAGAAAGAUCGUGAGGGUGAAUCUGCUGACUCCGAAGGCCAAGAUGAUCUUAAAUCUGAUGACGAUGUCACCUCAAAGGAUUCUCAUGCCAGUAAAAACCACAUAACUCAAUCCAAACAAUCCGAAGCAACCCCUAACAAGCAACAAGAGAUUGAAAAUGGUAAAUCAGUGGUGGCUGAAAAUGUGAAACUGCAAGACUCAGCUGUAGAAAAAAGUAUUCCCGAUAGAAUGAAGUACAAAGUGGACGGUCAAUCGACUGAUGACAUGGCCGGUGAAGAGCUCGAUUCUUCAAUUGUAAAAGUUGAAUCUGCAGCAGAAAUGAAAGAUUCGGCAACCGACGAAGAGCCCGUGAAAGCAUCAAAAUCCAAGGAAGUAAAGGUAUCAAAGUUAUCAAAGUUGAAUCCGCAAAACUCAAAAGUUAUUACAGAUGGUUUCUCAGACUUCAAAUCAAAGAAGCCAAAGACUUCCAUCUCAAAUUCUCCGAAAUCAGAGAACGAGGCGUCGACCAGCAAUGACAUGCGAGAUGAACCAGCAUCGCGGUCAUCGAAGGAAGUCGACACUGAAAAAGAUUCGGAGAAAAAGGCAAAAGGUUCUAGCAACCACUUUAAAAACAUCAUGAACAAAACUGAAACUGAAGCAAAACUCAGUGCUCACAAUGACGGAAUGCAUGAAAAAACCUUAGAAGAAAGUACCACUGAAAUGGAGGACUCGGACGUGACCCAGCCAUCGGACUUUAGGGAGAGGACAGAAAAGGAAUCAGCUGCGAGCAGUGACACUGAUGAUUCUGCAUUAUCAGAUACAAGUGGGGUUCAUCAUUCUGCGGAAAAGUUAUCAGAGUCACCGAACCAGAUACCAUGUGACAAAUCGGACUGCGAAAAGGCUAUGUCAUCGCAGAAGCCAACCAGCCACGAGGACUCAGGGGGUGAGACGGGCGAGUACGACGACGAUAUUUCUGAUGAAUACGACUCCAGGUCUAGAGAUUCAGAACCCUAUGAAGUGAGUAGCGAAUACACUGGAUCCCAAGAGUCGACAUCAGGGUACAGCGACUCAGGCUAUAACUCAAAGGAGGAAUAUCCCAUUUCGAAUGAGGAUGACGGGUCGGUCAGUGUCGAAGCGUACUCGAUGGAGGAUUCUAAGCCGACGGUAUCGAGUGAAGAUUACAGCACGGAAGGCGUUUUGAAGUUCACUGACGAGAUACCUCACCUCCAGAAAAAACACUUGAAGCAGAAGACCGAAGAAGCGUCGAGCACCGCGGUCAGCUCCGAGGAUUACGUUGACGAUAAUUACGAACCUGAACACUAUAUCGAAAAUUCGGCAGAAAACAAUCAAUCCCCUGUUGAGCACAGCGAAGAAAAAGAACCCACAGCCGUAUCUGAGUCUUCCAGCGAACACGGACUAAACGACGAGGCUUCGGAUAGUGAUGUCCCAACUACAACGACUACCACUACUACUACGACUACCACGACGACGGCUAGACCCAUUCCUCCAAGUCUCUUCCGGCCGCUUACUGCGAGGAAAAAUUAUAAGUACAUUCCUCCAACGACCACUCCGAACCCGGUGGUAAUUAAGCACAGAUUUGGACUUGUGAAUCCGCGACCCGCGAAGCCCGUCAAGAGCUACAGUGAACUUGCUCCAAGGCCCAUGAUCAGGAAGAACCCAUUACUCUCGAGAAGACCAUUCGGUAUUGGAAGCACGACAGAAAAGUCUACCAACUCGGAGCCCCGAAUCGACGACUUUGAAGACUCGUCCGAGAUUAUCUGGACAUCGACUGAGUACAUUGACGAGGACGAAAAACCUCGAGAGAACAAACUAACUCGAUCAGCAAACGAUGUCUCCCUAAAUAAGACAGUCGAAGCUUCAUCUAAAGACAAAGGGGAAGAGGGAACAACUGUUGGCCAGAAGGCUCCUUCCGCAGAGUCUGUAACCCAAAGUAAUGGUGAGGCUAGUACGAAUCCAUCCGCUGACAUUAAGACGACCCUCGGUAUCAACGCAGCGACCUUUUCGACUCCUUAUCCGUUGCUGAAAACAACGGAGAGCACAAAUUCAGCUGUGCAAGAGAGCGAGGAAAGCGAUACUGACGGCACUAAGGUGAUGCACAUGGACGACCCAAGAACGGAGACGACGAAGGUUGUUGAGGACGAAUCGUCGACGAGUUUGAAUUUGAAGACCGAAACAACUCCGGAAGAGAAGUGGUCGAAAAGUCAUACGAACCAUCGGGAUGAAGGAUCGAAAGCUACUCAAGUUGCCUUCAGCUGUAUCGAUCGAGAACCGUAUCGCUUCUACGGAGAUCCGAGAGACUGCCGCUUGUUUCAUUAUUGCUCGCCCGGAUUCACUUCCAGGCAAAUGCUAGACUUUCGGUUUGUCUGCGAGAAUACGACUAUGUUCGACGAGGAGACUCAGAGCUGUCGAGAGGACAUUGCUAACCCGAAAUGUGCUAAUAGAAAAUGGUGAACAAGGCUGAAAUGUUCCGUCGCUCGACGCAUUAUACCGAAUUCUUGCAAGGCACACACGUAGAACGAUUUUUUUUUUGAGACUAAUAAACGUCGAUAGAUGAAAGAAUUAAUUUUCUCUGAAGUGAUUUAUUGCUAUGAAACUGAACUUCCGAUAGUUGGAUAAAAUUAUCGAUGUUAU